CCUCAAUCAUUGAGAACCCUUCACCAAAAACCCUAUUUCUACAUUUCUCACACUGAGAAGAAACCUAUGAGCAUACAAAUCCGAGAAGUCCGAGCCACCAAUCAAUCAGCAAUCAGAUGCUCAUACUGUAUCGUGAAGACUGUGGACUUCCAAGUAUCACUCCAAUACCUCUGAUACUCCCUCCGUCUAACCACGGAUGAACAACACAUGACAAAAUGUGACAUCCAACUAAUUCAACAUUGAUAGUUUUAGGGGGAACAAAGAUUUGAUAUCAACGCUCAGACGAUUAGAUAGCAUGAGUUUAAUCACAGACAAUCAUAAGUCCAGACAUAAUUUGAGCUUUUUCAUCAUCACUGCAUUGCAUUCCCACUUGAAUUCAAAACAAUGCCAUAUUAUCAUAACACAAGGCAACCUUCUUCCGCAUAAAAACAGUUUUUCUUCAAAACAAAAAGCAGUUUCAGUUGAUGCAAGAUUCUCAGAGACAUUCCAAUUGAUUGGAAAUGUGCAGACAAUCUACAUGGCAUCAGUUCUGACCGCCCGUCUGCUUUUUCUCAUCAUCGACAUUCAAAAGUAAUCACAAAUCCAAAUACCCAAUGCAGCAAUACUAUGCUAUAAUCUACAAUUGCAUAACAAAUUGACAGUAAUCCUUGGGAGGUAAGGAAUGAAGACAUCAGAUAAUAAGCGGAGUUUGUAGUCCACAUUGAAUAUUCAGUGUGUAGAAUAAGAACUAAACAUCACUUGCCUUCCCAUUGUUGUUCCCCCCAAGAAUGACAACAUCUAAAGAGUCAGACUGACAGAUAACCCAAUUCUCAAAUAGAGCAAAACAUCACUAAAAACGAAUUGCAGCAGAUAAAUGUGGGAGUUUUACAUAUAACACAACAGUGAUUCAGUGUGCUCAAUAUAUAAAAUCAAAAUCCCAUAAGCAGAUUGAAAUAUAAUCCUUGGGAGACAAGGAAUGAAGACAUCAGAUAAUAAGCGGAGUUUUUAGUCCACAUUGAUAAAUCUCAGUGUGUAGAAUAAGAACUAAACAUCACUUGUCUUCCCAUAAAUUUCCCACAAGAUAAUAUGAUCAAAGCUUUCAGCUUCACAAGCAACCCAAUUAACAAAACCAAGGUUACCCGGUUUUGACAGAGGCAAAUCGGAAAGAGGGUUUGGAAACAAGUGGGAGAUUACAAACAACACAGCAGCGAUUUCAGUUUGUUCGAGUAGGAAAAAUUGGAUGGAAAGAAUGUCGGAAGGUUCAUUUGACCCCACAGCAAGUUGGAAUACAAAGAGCAAGGGGCUGGUAAGCCGACCGAUUUAGCUUUCUGCACCAGUUUUAACUCCUCUGGGACUCUUGAAAAAACCGCCAUAGCAGGAGUGGGUAAACAGAUGCAAAAACAAAAUUGAAAUAAAGAUUCAUUACACGAGCUGAGAACAAACGAAAUUGUGUUGCAUCAAUCAUCGCCCAGAAGCGAUAUCACAUCUAAUUUGCAUGUAAAAUUAUAACAAAGGAUGAAGAUGAUGGGAGACCGAGAAAGGGAGGAAACGGCGCCAGGCGCAGAGGGAGAACUAGAAUGCUCGAAUGCUGGUUUUAAAUAGGGUUUUAUGGAAAUUAGGGUUUCUUUCUACAAUCACUUGGGCGGGGCAAGGAGGAGAGGACGACUUCUACGUUCUUCCUUCUUCUUUCGGUUUUGGGUUGGUGCGGGUUGCAUUGGACUGAGCCCAGUUUAAGGGAACUAGGCCCAUUAAUUUCAUUGAGUGGGCUUUCUUUUUUAAGAGCAGUGGGCUUAUUCGUUAACCUAAAUAUCUAUAUCUAUCUAUCUAUCUUCUAUCUAUACUUAAUAUUAUGGUUAUUCAAAAAUAACUUCUUGCCACAUAAGCACUUGGUGAAUUCACAAGAUGCCAAGGUGGACAAUUGUUUAACAAACAAAAAUUUAUUUAUUUAUCUAUUUUUGGAGCUAUCUCUCUCUUCUUUUAAUACUUCUCCUCAUUUUUACUAAAACUUAAAAUAAGGUACAUUUUUUGUGACACAUUUAAACAAACAAACACAAAUAAGUAAUAAUCUUUUCUUCAAUUAAACAAACUAUAAAAAUGAAAAUAGAGAGUGACAGUUUAACCCAAAAUAUCUUAAUAAAUCUCAUUAAGUAAAUUUUCUAUUCAUUUUCACUAAAAAUUUAUAAUAAGUUACAUUUUGAUGGAAAAAACAAGCACACAUAUGAAUAAUAAUAUUUUUUCAAUUGAACAAAAUUUAAACGAUGGCCCAGGAGAAAAUGAGAGUUUGACAAUCAAUCAUUUUUGAAAAAUGAACUACAUGAUUAUAUAUUUUUUGUUAUCAAACACUCACUUCUUCCUAACGAAUAUACUUAUAAAAUAAAACAAGUAUAAUUUAUAUAGAAAAAGGUCUGAAGAUAAAUUUGACAUAGCAAUAAUUGUUAUUUUUUUAAAACACUUCUUAUUCAUUCCGUUUAAAUCAAAAACAUAUUAUUUUUUUCUUUGUAGGAGAAUAGGAGGAGGGAGGUACACGAGGAAACGAUUAGAUGGAAAAAUUUUGAGCAGUUGUAACUUAUUUUUGCCUGUUGAUAAAAGCAGUUCAUCAUAUCAUUACGAAGACGAGGUGAACCAGUGGCGUAGUUAGGAUUUCAUCUAAGGUGGGUCCACUUAGAAGAAAAAUACACCUGGUAAUAUAAUUUUUGUUAACUUUGCGAAUCAUUCAUGACAUAAACUUAUAUUGGAAAAUUUUGGUCAAGUAAAAUAGAUUAGCAGUCGAAAGUAUCAAGAAUAUUACUUUAUAUACCAAACAAUUAUUAAUGAUUUAGUUAGUCGUUCUGUUUCGUAUGAUGUUCUUUAUAAAAACCCAUUAGUAUCUAUAACUCGAGUUGUCAAGAGAUAUUUAAUAAUAAAUCUUACACCAAACAAUAAUUCAUGAUUUGGUUAGUCAUUCGCUUACAAAUGAUGUCAUUUGUCAAGAAUCUUUUUGAAUCAAUAAAUUGAGUUGUUGGAAGAGGUUCAAUAAUAUAUCUUAUACUAUUUACUAGCACGCUCCCUCAUAUAAGAAAGUCAACUUAUAGAAAAAUAAAGUUUGCACAAAUCUGUAUAUCGUGUACUUAACAAAUGAGGUCGCCAAAAUUUCGAACAAAAAAUCUUUCGAUCAACUAUUAUCAAUUAAAUACCCCUAAUUUUUCUAUAUAAAUUAACUAUUGUACAUAAUUGAACAAUUUUCCUUCCGAGUCAGGGUGGGUCCCGAGACCCACCCUGUUAUACUCUCCCUCCGCCACUGAGGUGAACCAAACCGAGGAUUGUCGACUACUCCCUCUUCCUCCUUGAUCUGAAGCUCGCAACUGCUCACUCUUUUUUCCAUUAUUUUCUUAAUUUCUUCCAAGUUAAAACUGCUGGAUGGUAAAUUCCCUACUUGAUGAGCGAAUGUAUUUAUUCUUCGUUUUCACGGAGUUAUUUUAUGUUCUCUAUUACUUCAUAUACUUUUAUGUAAAUAGGUAAUAUAUGAUUAGAAAGGUUAAUUGGUUGGACUUAGAGCAUAUGUCCUUUGGUUGAAUAAUUGAUUUUUAUUUAAAUGUCUAUUGCAACCCGAUACUUUAGAUGUUGAAAUGGAAAGUGGAGUUGUGAGGGUUUUUCAUUAUGUUCCUUAUGUUCAUGAUUGACAUGCUACUAGCUAGCUAUAAGAUGAUGAUCUGGUUAAUAAUUAGUAGGUAGCAAUGAGAUUAUAAGUAGAAGGGAACAUAAUUCGGGGUUUUAUAAAGGCCAUGAAGAAGAAAGAAAAUGACUGUGGCGGUUCCUCGGUUGUGUAUUUUGAUGUUUUUUCAAUUUCUACACGUUUGCAAUGACAUUUGUUUGUUUCAUUAUGGUGAAUUUCUCCUCAUUAAAUCCUUAACUAAAGCUUGAUUUUGACAUGAUUAUUUUCUUACCAACUACUAUUUUGAUUGAUGCAUAGAUUCAGUUCACAAAUUAGGAAUCUGCAAGAUAAAAUGAGUUGAGUUGUAUUGAAGUAUGCUCCUUUCAUUAUUUGUCUAUGUUGUUAUUAGGUAAAAAAGCACUAUUUUUUCUUGUAGGAGAUAUGCAGCUCUCUAUAAAUUAUAAAUUGUGUUUAUAUGAAAUUUAGUUUGUUGAAAAUAUUGUUUUAAUAAAUUAGUGACAACUGAUAGUUUUUUUGUGGUUGGUUUUGCUAGAACAUUGACAAGAUAAAUUAAUUGAGUAUCCAUAAGACUGAUGGAUGUGGAUGCUAAUGUAUUUCAUCAUUAUUCCAGAAUUGCAGGUGUAACUGAUAAUACACGAUAUUCGUGAGAUCUAGAUCGGAAUAUUCUCUAUUAUCAUAUACCAACAUAGGAAGAAAAUGAAAAGCUCUUCACUUAUUUUAUUAAUUGAAUCCUAUUUUCUUAUCCUAACUUCUUCAUUUUUUUACCUUAAAUUUUUUAACUUCUUUAUCACUUUUUUGAGUUCGAUACAAUAUUUUAAAUCAAUAAAGAACGGUCUACAAAGAGCUCAGUUAAUACAAUUAAAUUUUUCAUAAAUAAAAAAGGUAUAAAAGUAUGAAACAUUACCUAAAUAAGGUAAGUGAGAUUUACAAUUUCAUGUAUAUUAAAUCAACAAACAUAAAUGAUAAUAAUAAUUAGAAUACUAUAACGAAUUUUAAAAUAAUCAAAUGUAAUGCACCGGCCAACGGGCGGGUAAAAAACUAGUUCUAGAUUUAAAAUAAUCGAUCUAAGCGAUUGUACAUGUGUCAGCAAUAUGCUAACAGUUAUUAGUAAGCUUCGGACAACAAAUCCAAUACAAGUGUGUGCACACGAAAAUGUGAAAUUGAUUUAGAUGAGCAUUAGUUGGGAAUUUAUUUUACAAAUCAUUAUUUUACAGAAAAAAACCCAAAAAAUCAUUAUUUUGAAAAUAUGGGUUUUUGUUAUCGCUAUCAGACCCCAUCAUCCUUCACAACACGAAUGCAACUUCCUUGUUCGUCGGUCUACAUACGGAAAGCGAAGUUCACAUAAAAAAAAUAUUCUCUGAUAAACUUUCUAAAAUCAUCAACUAGUUGUCAUGAGGGAUUUUUCCAAAAGUAGCACUGUUUUUAAAAAAAAAAUUCUAAAAAUAGCACCCAACUUCGAAAAAUUACUGUUGGGGGUGUUACUAAACACUCCGUUCACGGACUAAGUAGUAGGACGCACAAUCGGCGAUGCGCGACGCGCGAUACGCGCUACAGGUAUAUAAGGGCUUGAAGCCCCCCCUCCCUCCCCCCCCCCCCCCCCCAAAAGAGGGGGGACUUCUCCUCUCUCCUGACUUUCCACUUUUCAUUAUCUCUCUACACUUUAUCUCUCUACCUUGUUCUCUCAACUUUCACCUUAAACAUAAACUGACUUGAUCAGUGGAGCUUAAUCCGGGGGGCAACCCCGGCUCUUUCACAGGUCUCUUCCCUCCCGACAAGAUCAGACGAACGGAUCGUGAGUCGACCCCACACCAACAAAUAUCAUUGUUCGUGUCCUGAGCUAGAAGGUACAAACAAUUGGCGCCCACCGUGGGGCUGACUUCACACUGGUUUCUUCGAUUUCCGAAGGAGGGAGGGAUCUCGGUAAUCGGAAGUUCACAACAGCCUCGUCGGAAGGAAGGGAAGAGAGUUAGCGACUUGCAGAGGAAAGUCAAAUUUCCUUUCACCAAUCCGAGCGGCUUCUUCGGAACCAGAAGCUUUCAUCUCCCAUUUUACGAUGAGGAAUAAGAAACUGAAAGGAAAAAAUCUACAGAUCCCGACCGCCAGAAAAAAAGUCAGCGUCGGAGCUCAGACGAAAAGAAAGGAAGAAACAGUGGCCAUCCUGUCACUAUCACCACCAUUUCAACCUACUCCACUGCUCACCUACAGUAAAUAACACAUAGUCAAGAAAAAGUGACAGCUUUCUCUGAGCUGUCUUUUCCCUCUUUCGAGGAAACGCUGACCAACGGGGCUACCGAGGCAAACAGGCAAAGUUAUCGUGAAGACAGCUGGAGGUGCCAAUCUCCCAUGGUCCGAAAAGGAAGCGGAGAGCUACGGCGACAGUGGGGUUAAAAGAAGAAGCGUCAGGCGCAAUUAAAAAAAAUGUGUGAUAUAAUUGAGGUUAUGUCAUUUACGUGUAAAGCCCAUGCACAGCGCGCCCACGCGAUGUGGCCCGCAUGUGACUCGCGGCUCGCUCACGUCAAAUGGGCCGACCACUACUCACGGGCCUACUUCACACCGAGUCACCCUACCGAUCCCAGCCUUCACUUCAAGCUUGCUAGCCGCCUCAACACUCGCGGCCCAACUGGCGGACGUUCAAACAGACACUCGCGGCCCAACUAGCGUCCCGCAUACCCGCCUCAAAAAAAUAUCACCGCCGCGAGUCCUCGAACCAGCGCCACGCUUCCGCCAGACAAGUGAGAUUACCAGCAGGCUACAUCCGAGCCUUGUGCUUCAAUGGCGCAGCGUCUGGCUUUCAACUACUCCUCCGCGCCAUCCUUCCGCCCAAGCUUGCGGCCCACCGCCGCCUGAACACUCGCGGCCCAAUUGGCGAACGUUCAAACAGACACUCGCGGCCCAACUCGCGUCCCGCGUACCCGCCUCAAAAAAAAAAUGUCAACGCUGCGAGUCCUCGAACCAAUAACACACUUCCGCCAGAUAAGCGACAAUACCAACAGGCUACAUACGAGCCUUGUGCUUCAAUGGCGCAGCGUCUGCAUUUCAACUACUCCUCCGCGCCACCCUACCGCCGAAGCUUGCGACCCACCGCCGCCUCAACACUCGCGGCCCAACCGGCGGACGUUCAAAUAGACACUCGCGGCCCAACUCGCGUCCCGCGUACCCGCCUAAAAAAAAAUGUCAUCGUCGCGAGUCCUCGAACCAGCAACACGCUUCCACCAGAUAAGCGACAAUACCAACAGGCUACAUACGAGCCUUGUGCUUCAAUGGAGCAACGUCUGCCUUUCAACUACUCCUCCGCGCCACCCUACCGCCGAAGCUUGCGGCCCACCGCCGCCUCAACACUCGCGGCCCAACUGGCGGACGUUCAAAUAGACACUCGCGGCCCAACUCGCGUCCCGCGUACCCGCCUAAAAAAAAUGUCAUCGCCGUGAGUCCUCGAACCAGCGCCAUGCUUCCGCCAGACAAGCAACAUCACCAGAAGGCUAUAUGCGAACCAUGUGUUUCAAUGGCGCGACGUCUGAUUUUUAACUAUUCGCGCCCACUCAGUUCGACAGAACAAAGAAUAGCAAUAUUCAUGAACUAUUCGCGCCCACUCAGUUCGUCAGAACAUAAAAUAGCAAUAGUAAUGAACUAUUCGCGCCCACUCAGUUCGACAGAACAAAAAAUAGCAAUGGUCAUGAACUAUUCGCGCCCACUCAGUACGACAAAACACAAAAUAAUCAACUCACCUCCAUCACGCUUCAUGAAGAGCAAGGAAGCCAGCCAAAAUGCUUAAGCCAUGAUUCGAACUCGGGCAGCUGCGCUCCCUAGCGCGCGUGCCAACCAAUAUGCCACAAGAUCUACAGGUGGUCAUAGUCCGCAUGGACUUAUCUUGUUUGCUCUUUCUUCCGCACCCUCUGUUUCGAUUCGCGCCUCACACCGGGCUUUGCCAUGCCUUCCGCCUCUACACCAGUCUCGCGGCUGAUGGGCCAACCACCAACGCGCGGCCCAGUCUCGUUUCACUCGCGGAUUGCCAAGCCAAACAUGUACUGAGCUCCUCAUAAAAUUAUUUGUAGGCGCCAGUCCUCGAACCCGUGCCACUCUUCUGCUAUGCAAGCAUACUGACCAGUAAGCUACAACAACAACUUAUGCUACAAGAUGCGUCGCGCCUUUAUUUCAACGAUUGCCAAACCACGCUACAUGGGCUUACAUUUCGUCCACUCCAAUCGCGGCCCACUCUCAUCCGGUGACCACUUCGAACUCCACGCAUCGCAUGGCUCGACACCAACUCGAGGCAAGACUGCUUUCGGCCGCUCUAAGAGGUAAAGCCCGCCUUGCAUCGCGCCCGCACAACUAGCCCGCGAGCUCGCAAUCUCAACUCGCGGAUCAGGCCCAAUGCUCGCGUCCAACGGCCUGCUGUGCUGUUCAGGCGCGCUAAGCCCAGCAGACAAGGAGCUCAUCAAAAAUAAUAUUGUCACCACCAGGAUUCGAACUCGCGUCACUCCUCCGCGUGACAAGCAACAAUACCAGUAGCUACAAACGCGCCUUGUGCCGAAAUAGUGCGGCACAUUCCACCUAAUCAGUAUCCUGCCGCCUCUCCAAUUUAAAGCUAAGUAUUCUAUCCCUCUAUCAUUAUUAUAUAUUGAAAUAUUUUACUUUCAUGAGCGUUAAUGGCGCUAAUGGGGGCCUACACGCUUUAAUGAAAUACACCAACUGGGGGGCAAGACGCAAGAAGCUGGCACCGCGUCAGUCAAACGCGCCACCAGCUGGGGGCAACUGGGGUACAUAGGGCUCCACCCAGAAUUACCGAUGAAGAUUUUUUUUAAAAAAAAUAAUAAGCUAGCGAUGAGUUAAGACUCACCACCAGCUUGGGGGGGGGGGGGGGGGCAAUUGUUGGGGGGUGUUACUAAACACUCCGUUCACGG